UGCGAAUUGCAAAUCAGCUGAUCAAGAACACACGUUGGCGCGCUUUUGGACCGAGCGGUGUGAGUUCCGCAUAUAGCGACAGUUCACAGUUCAUCCUUGAGUCGAGAUUGUCGAGAAACGGAGAAAAAUAAAUGUAACACCUGCAGGACAAAGAAAAAUGGAUGAUCAAGGCGUCGCGGAGGUUGACGACAUCGGAAACGAACUGAAUUUGAGUAAUGUCAGUGCGUUAGUGGAAGAGGUAAACCAAGAAAGGGAAGAUUUGCACGAAGAAUCUGAGACCGCCGAGGCAGAAGCUCACCAGGAUGAGGAGCCUGCGGCAAAGCUGACUCAGCUUCCCAUCGGCAGAGUCAAGAAGAUUGCCAAGUCGGAUUCUGAUAUUAAUUUGAUCAAUCAAGAAGCCAUCUUUUUGAUUACCAAAGCUACGGAAUUGUUUAUAGAUUCCCUGUCCAAGGAAUCAUACAAGUAUACUCAUCAGGCAAAGAAGAAAACCAUUCAAAAGAAAGAUGUUCAAAGUGCCAUUGAUAAUGUGGAUGCCUUGAUGUUUUUGGAUGGAGUAAAUUAGCCAAGAAGCUGCCAAAUUUUUUGUACGAUAAAACAAGUAGCUGAUAAAAUGUUUAUAAUAUGUUAUUUAUAGAGUAAUAAAAUUUACCUAAUAUUGUUUUUACAUAAACUUA